AUGGCUCUCCCACCCCUCCCAGAUGUGUUACCUGUCAAGAUCCCCUCCGCUCCCGCAUGUAAUGGGCAAACUGGCGACGAAGCGCGCGUGGCUUGUCAACUACGAGCCAUACACCGGCUCAUUUGCAUACGAUGGGACGAUCCGGAUCGAGAACAACUCGGCGGGUCGAACGGCGAGCGGCGACCUGUACCAGCGGCCGGGCUUCAUCAUCCCCAUCCGCCGCGCCGGUGGAUCAACCUGCCACCGCCGAACCCGGCUGACGGCAUCCCGAUACAGGCCAAAUCGAGGUACAGGUACUACCUCCGCGUCACCAAGAUCAACGAGUUCCUCUCCUUCGGCAAGGGCUUCCAGCUCGGCCUCCAGAUGUACGCCUACACCGGCACCGACAAGAACAACUUCUCAUUUACCAAGGUAUCGGCUGACCAAGACUUGACCGCAACCCUGACUUGGACGCCCGCCCCGGCUGGCUACCCUCAGUGGUGAGUACGCCUAGGGCGAGGUCACACUAGAUGGCGACGGCGUGGCGAUUGCUCGAAUCAAGAUGGGUCGAGUGAGUUCCAUGUAGUUACUUAGUUUUUUGGCUGUACUUGCUAGCUUGGGGAGCACUGAGAUGAACGCGGGUUCUGACAAUGGUCAACUAUCACCAACUCAAUACAGUAUGCGGUCGGACCCCUCCCCCCCCUGUCUAUCAUUUCACCACCACUUCCUUUCCAGCCGUCUCACGCCCCAUUUGGCGCCUCAUCUUACUCUCCUAUAUAUCUGCCCCUACGGCAC